UCUAACUCCCAUCUCACAUACUGCUGGUGGACAGCUCCAGUAACAAGUGAGAGCUUUACAUCCCCCUUCUUUUUCUCCCACACCAACAUCUGCCAAGAAGGAAAAAACCCACACGCUUUCCCUUUUGUAUUCUUUUGAUUUUUUUUUCAUUUUUUAUAAAUACAUGUGUAUAUAUAUAGUACUUUGCCCAGCUGUGGAAAUGGAGCAACCCCCAAUCUUUUGAUGCACCCUGGUUCGCUUUUUUGCAGUAUUUUUCCAUGUACGGUUUUCCAGCAGUGGGAGCACCGUUCCCCACCUUUCCCCCUUUUCCUUGAGUUAGUUUCCUAAUAUCAUCUGGAGGCUUGGCGGCUCUUGAACUGAAUAUAACUUUUUUCCCUCCACAUCCCCCAACUCCCCCUUUGCUGAGCCUUGUCAGUGGGGACUGGAGAAAAAAAAAACAGAAGAGGAGGAGGCAGAAGGGGCUGUGUGUGUGUUUGUUGCUGGUGCUCAGGACCCAAAUCUCUGUAGGUGCGUGUUGAAAUAUGGAGAAUAGUCUUGGAUGUGUUUGGGUACCAAAGCUGGCUUUUCUACUCUUCGGAUUUUCUCUGAUCAGCCUGAAUCUUCAAGUCACUGGUUCACAAGUUAAGGGUUUUACAUCAUUGCGGUUCCUGACUGAGCCUUCAGAUGCUGUCACCAUGCGUGGAAGUAAUGUGCUGCUGAAUUGCACAGUGGAGUCUGAUCAAGGAAUUCCUGUCAUCAAGUGGAAGAAAGAUGCAGUCUUCUUAAACCUGGCAGUGGAUGAAAGGAGACAGCAGAUGGCCAAUGGUUCCCUCUUGAUACAAAGCAUAGUCCAUUCCAGGCACCAUAAGCCAGAUGAGGGUCUCUACCAGUGUGAGGCCUCUUUAGAAGGAAUUGGGGCUAUCAUCAGUCGGACAGCUAAAGUCACUGUAGCAGGACCAUUGAGGUUUCUUUCCCAGACAGAAUCUGUCACAGCUUUUGUGGGAGACACGGUUUUGUUAAAGUGUGAAGUAGUUGGAGAGCCUAUGCCGAUGAUACACUGGCAAAAAAACCUAGAGGACCUGAUCUUGAGCCCCAGUGACACCCGAGUGGCCGUCUUGCCCUCUGGAGCUUUACAGAUUAGCAGAAUCCAAGGAGGAGACAGUGGAAUCUAUAGAUGCCUUGCAAAAAAUCCUGCUAGUACCAGAACUGGAAAUGAAGCAGAAGUCCGAGUUUUGACAGAUCCAGGUUUGCACAGACAGCAAUUUUUCCUGCAGAGACCGUCAAAUGUGGUAGCCCUUGAGGGAAGAGAUGCUGUUCUUGAGUGUUGUGUUUCUGGGUUUCCCAUACCCACUUUCACAUGGAUGCGAGGAGAUGAAAUUAUUCCAGUCAGAUCCAAAAAAUAUUCAUUACUGGCUGGCAGUAACUUACUUAUUUCUAAUGUGACUGAUGACGAUUCUGGGACGUACACUUGCAUUGUCAGCUACAAGAAUGAGAACAGUAGUGCCUCUGCAGAGCUCACAGUUAUGGAUG